UUUAUGUAUGUACACCGAUUUUAUAUUUGUAUAUCUUUAACCCGUGAAACAGUUCAACAUGUUUUUGAUAUUUGUGUAUGGGACAUUAAAAACCGGUGAACCAAACUAUAAUCUGAUGAAAGAUGAAACAUCCGGUGUGUGCAGACGACUUGGUACCGUUUACACCAAAGAAAAAUACCCGCUGGUUGUAGCGUCGAGAUAUAACGUUCCAUUUUUACUGUACAAACCAGGAACAGGGCAUAAUGUUCAAGGAGAACUGUAUGAAGUUGAUGAUGCUCAGUUAAAACGACUCGAUAAACUUGAAAAUCAUCCAAAUUUGUAUGUCCGAAAAGAUGUGAUCUUGACAAAGCAAAAUGACGAUGCAAAUUCGGAGGAAGAUUUCCAUGCACAAGCUUACUUUUUAGUUAAUUAUAGACCUAAUUUAAUAGAUUUACCAAUGCUGGACAGUUAUAAAGACAUGAUUGACGGGAAAGUAUAUGUUAAACAUAGCUCUAGAGAUGUACAUGCCCCUCAUUUCUACUACGAAGUACACACAGACUACGAAAAAGACAUAUAGAUCUAUAUCUAAUUCACUUUACGUUAUCAGAACUUCUGUUUCAAAAGUUCAAAUUUGAAUAUAUUCUGUAUGUUUAUGGGGUUUGUUUUUGCCUCGUUAACAUGUAAAUUAUUUCAAGAAGCAUGUUGUUAUGUUUAGAAAUACUAAUUACAUGUUCUCAAUGUCUGCAUGACUAUACACAUUUUAAUAAACUAAAAGUUUAUUAUUUUGCUAUAAAUAUGUACAUAAUAUACAUAAUGAUCAUAUAUAUGUCUACAGCAUAAUAUGUGAGUCAUUGAAAUAAGAAGUUGUAUAAAUAACUAUUGAAUUAAUGAAAUUUUAAAACUCUUGUUCAACGUUUUCUUUUGAUCUCUGUACAGUGAUAUGAGAUAAUCAUACCCAAAUACUUCGAAAGACAAAACGCACCAAUAAGAAUGUGUACUGUAUAUACUUGUAAAUAAUAACUUGAAUUAUUUCAUACACCUUUAGUUGAUCUCCAGGUAAUAACCAAACAAAUAUUUAGUUUGCCAGGUGGUAACUAGGUAAGAUAUCUAGUGUUGUACAUGUAUGUAAAACAUUCCAUAUGCACUUCAAAAAGGUGGCUGAUUUGGUACACUUUGAGUGUUGCGUUGUCGAUAGCGACAACACAACCUAUAUCAUUAUCGCCUUUUCGUCUUGUCGUCAUGACACUAGCGAAACGCGCCAAACGGCGCGUUGUCGCUCUGUCGUCUCGUCGACCUGUCUCUAGCGAAGCACGCAAAACGGCGCCUUGUCAUGCGGCGCAAUGUCGCCCUGUUACCAGGGUUAUAAGCCAAUUAUUCGAUUUGAGCCGCUCGAAAAUGUGACAUCGGGACAACAUGCCGCACGACAACGCACCAUUUGGUGUGCACCGUCAGCGACAGGACGCCAAGACAAAAAUCCGUCAACGCGCCGUUUGGCGUUUUGUCGUGCUGUCGCUAACAACAACAUGACGCACAAAAGCGUUCAAAAUCAGCCACCUUACUUUAUAUAUACAUACAUUUAUGGAUUUAUACGUUAAUUCACAUUCUAUUUCACGUAUUUAAACUUUUUUACAUCAACUAGUUGAAAUUAUUGAUAAAAGAGACAGUAGCGUGAGACAGUUUGUACAUUAAAUUAAAUAAAUGGUGUAUUUUGGCAA